CGGUGGGCUGAUUGACUGGCACUGCGCGCGUCGCCGCAUGGGCUUUCGAUGUCGAUGGCAUCUGGGAAGGAGCAGCUGUCGCUGGCGCAGACGAGCUCGCCGCGCUAUUGCUCGGUCCAUGAUGAGGAUCGUUAGAGGCCAUGAUGGACGGAACCAAGGCGCGCGGCUAGAACAAAGCCUUCCAUUCUCGUCGACACAAAGGUGCUCGAUCAUACCAUUUGUUCUCUACUUCUUACUGUCAUGACGAGAAUAACGAACAUUGGAAUCAAGCGGGCCUACGUGAAUACCGAUCCUGCCCCUGAUGCUGUAGACCAGGAUGAACCUCCGGCACCAGUUGAAGAGCCACCGAAGAAGAAGAAAAAGAGCAAGCAUGACGCUGCUCCCGAAGCGACGGAUCCCCCUGCGAAGAAGACUUAUAGAAAUAAAGCUAUAGCUGAGAAAGCUCAACGAUCGGAACAGCGGCGACUCGCACGCAUAGCUGAGCGCAACGCCGACACGACUUGCUUUGCCUGCCGCGAGAAGGGACACUCCGCCAAGUUCUGUCCGAAAGCGGGGAGCAAACCCGCUGUGGGGAUCUGCUAUCGAUGCGGCUCGACGCGCCAUAGUCUGAAGCGCUGCAAGAAACCCCACGAUCCCGAAAACCCCCUCCCCUUUGCCACCUGCUUCGUCUGCAAUAGCAAGGGACACCUUGCGUCUGCAUGCGAGCAGAAUCAGGACAAGGGGAUUUACCCGAAUGGCGGGUGCUGUAAGCUCUGCGGGGAGAACACUCACCUUGCGAAGGAUUGUGCGCUUCGGAAACCUGACGUGAGGCCGGCAGCCGUCAUAGGCUUCGCAGAACCGCCUGGCGCUGACGAGGACGACUUCCACACCUUGGGCCGUCUGAACAAGCAGCUCGACCGUGCAGAGAAGGUCGAUACAAAAAAGAAGAAGCAGGCGGACGUGAAGACCGGCGUCGUCUCCGGCAUCACCAAGUCGUUCGCCCCCGCGCCCGUGAAGAAGAAGAAAGUAGUGGUCUUUUGAGGCAAUGAUGCCAGCCUUUGCAACCAGCUGUGUUUGUAGACACCUCCCCAAGUUCACUGUGCAAAGUCAAGACGUUCGAGACGAAGAUGGAAGUUGCUUCAGCCUGUCCCGGUCCGCUGCACGCAAGCCCUCCCGCUGUCCACCCGCUGCAUGUCCGCGUCCGACAUACGGCUGUGGAGUCUUCAGUGGAGCAUCAAUCAAUUGCCUUUUCCGUUGCCACCUUCGGAAAAUCCCGUCCACACUCAAACCUUCAUACACAAACGGCCGAAUGUGGCGCAAUGCGCGCCCGCAAGCCUCCCGCUUCCUUCCC